CUGUUCCAUCUUUAGGCCAAGUACGAUUGAAUACAGCUUUCAAGAUUUGUCUGUGCAGUUAGCACCGGACAGAUUAUUAAAACCUCUAAUUUGAUCAAGAACAGCGAAAGAGUGCAUAAAUUCUAACAACGUACGCUGGUCGCCAUAUCCACACAAGUAGAAAAAUCGAUACUCGAUAAUAAUCAACACAUCCUAUUUCACCGUGAUCGGGGCGGCAAGUUCUAUCUAAUUUAUAGUAGCUUGGAAAGCGGACGUACGCAGUGUUCGUCGUCGCUCCACCCAAUGAUGAGCACCUUGAAGAUUUCUCUUUCUUUUGGCUGUAUAUAAAGGCCUUGCGAUGCAUUCUGCAAUUACAAGUGAGCAACGUCGCAGCGAAUUAGCAAGCCCAAAAUGAAGGUCUUUUUCUCCUUCCUUCUCCUUAUUACUGCCCUUAGCGCCACCUCCCGAGCCGGGAACAUAGCCGUUUACUGGGGUCAAUCGGACGACGAAGGAUCCCUCGCCGAUGCCUGUGCCACCGGAAACUAUGCCUUCGCCAUCGUAUCCUUCCUCUGCGUCUUCGGAAACGGCCAGACUCCUGAGCUCAACCUCGCCGGUCACUGUGAUCCCGCCUCCGGUGGCUGCACCGGCAUAACGGAUGACAUCAAUGCUUGCCAAUCACAGGGCGUGCAGGUCCUCCUCUCCAUCGGCGGAGGCGCUGGAUCCUACAUCCUCACCUCCGACGACGACGCACGCCAGGUGGCCGACUAUAUCUGGAACAACUACUUAGGCGGAGAGUCCUCGUCAAGACCCCUCGGCGACGCGGUGCUCGACGGAGUGGACUUCGACAUUGAGGGAGGAAGCCCAGACCACUACGACGAUCUCGCAAACUACCUCUCUUCCUACAGCAACCAAGGGAAGAAGGUAUACCUGACGGCGGCGCCACAAUGCCCUUAUCCCGACGCUUGGGUUGGCAGAGCACUCGACACCGGCCUCUUCGAUUACAUUUGGGUUCAGUUCUACAACAACCCGCCGUGCCAGUUUUCGGAUGGAGAGCCGAGCAACCUCCAGGACGCUUGGAACCAAUGGACGACGGGGAUAAAGGCGAACCAAUUCUUCUUGGGUCUGCCGGCGGCGCCGGACGCGGCCGGGAGCGGGUUCAUCCCGACUGAUGAGCUGACUUCUCAGGUGCUUCCCGGCCUGAAAGGGUCGAGUAAUUACGGAGGAGUGAUGCUGUGGUCAAGGUACUAUGAUAUCCAGACGGGGUAUAGUCAAGCCAUUCGAUCUUCUGUUUGAAAAAUGUCUACUUUACUGAAAGUGUUUGUGUGGGCGUUUUGUUUUGU